UCUGGCUUAGUUUUAUGAUUAUGAGGGUCUGUGGGUCUAAUCAUGCCUUUGACGUGAUGUUGUAAGCCUUGGGGUGUACCUCACAAGGAAAAUACUGCACCGUGGGUGCUGAACGAUGAAACCAUGGGUUGUUCUAGCAGUGUUCAGCAAGGAGAUGAGGCCGAAAGAAGUCGAGAGCCAAGUGAUAAACUGUCUCAAUCUGCUUAUCGGGAACGCGGUGAGCAGCGCAACGGCAAAGCAAACGUGACGCCCAAACACAACAAUAAUAACAAUCGGCAUCAAGACUCUUUUAAAGAAGAAGAUGAAGGUUUUGAAGAAGAAUUCUCGGAUGGUGCCCUUGGAUUGACGACUGAGAAAGGGUACGAGGAAAUUUGCCAGUCUUUAUCGCCAAAUAAUCUUUUUGAAGACCCUGACUUUCCAGCAAAUGACUCUGCCCUGUAUCUUGACCCUAAACGGUAUCGUGAUUCAAAAAUAGAAUGGAUGCGACCACAGGAAAUACUAGGUGAUGGAAAUGAGGCUGAGCUUAUAACAAAUGGAGUCACAAGAGACGACAUCAAACAGGGCAUCCUCGGAGAUUGUUGGUUCCUUUCUUCAUGUGCUGCAGUUUCUCGAAGAGAUCAGCUGGUGACAAAAAUAAUACCAGCCAACCAAGUUCUAUCUGGGCCAAUGUACAAUGGUCUGAUUCGCUUCAACUUCUGGCGGUUUGGUGAAUGGGUCAUGGUGGUUAUAGAUGACCGUCUGCCUACUGUCAAGAAAAAACUCAUCUAUGGUCAAAGCAAAGAUCCCAAGGAGUUUUGGGUGGCGCUAAUGGAAAAAGCAUAUGCUAAACUCCAUGGAUCAUAUGAAGCAUUAGAAGGGGGAAUAACAAUGGAUGCUCUUGUUGAUUUGACGGGUGGACUGGCUGAAAGAUAUGAACUAACAGAGUAUGACCCAAGCCUUUAUAAGCUCAUACUUCGAGCACAUAAGUCAGGAGCAUUUAUUGCUUGUUCACGAAAGGGAGACUGGAGAUCCUCAACUAAAGCUGAUGCAAAUGGCCUUAUUCCCGGUCAUGCGUACACAGUUAUUGAUAUAACAAAGAUAAAACAUAAGAUGGGUGAAGAGAAGCUUCUGAGGGUGCGAAAUCCAUGGGGAGAUGAGACAGAGUGGAGAGGAUCUUGGAGUGACAAUGAUGUGAACUGGAAGUGGGUGGAUGAGGAAACAAAAGAAAAGAUUCAGCAAGAAUCGAAAGAUGAUGGAGAAUUCUGGAUGUCUUUCAAAGACUUCUAUCGUCAGUUUGGAGAAGUGACCAUCUGUCUCAUGGGGCCAGACUUCGAUGGAGAUGGAGUGUCAGAUCGUGUUGGUCACAUGGAAAUGAUCCAUGGAGAGUGGUCACUAGGUCAGAGUGCUGGUGGCUCACGGAACAAUUUGGUGAAAUUUGCCACAAAUGACCAGUAUUUACUCACCCUCACUGAGCCAGAUGAUUUCAACCAAGAAACCGAUGAUGCUGAAAGUGAAGGAAAAAGCACCAUUGUAAUUUCACUAAUGCAAGAGCACAGGCGAUCACGACGCAAUGUUAAAGUGAAGAGUUACCAGAUUGGCUUCUUCAUUUACAAGACGGAAGAUACAAACAAUAAGCUCUCUCUACGCCAUUUUCGUUACAACCCUGAUGUUGCCAGAACCAACUGCUUUGUGAAUUUCCGUGAAGUCAGUGGCCGUUUUGAGUUGGACCCUGGCCACUAUGUGAUCAUUCCUUCCACCUUCUUGGAGGAUUGUCCUGCUCAUUACAUGCUCAGGGUGUUUGGAGAGAAAAAGUUUUCUUUGAAAGGGCCACUGUUACCAACCCAUGAAUAGGUUAAUUUUCCUUGGAGAUGAGGAAAAUCUGCUCAACUGAAAGGAGUUUAUGCUCCUAACAGACUCCAACGCAAUGUGUCAGGGAAGGAUUGAUGGCAAUUUGGGAUAAACUGGCCUGCUAAAGGUGUUCUUGUUAAGUCAUGCAAGCUGUGCAUUUGAGGAAUGGUGACUAUAUGUCUUUGGUGUUUAAAAAAAACAAAAAAACUUUUUACAUGAUAUUCAGAUGUCACUUAUUCCAUGGGAUCCAUACAAUCAACAUUUAUCUCAUCAUUUAAACUGGCAUUGUGUACACAUCAGUAUAGUGAAAACUGUUUGCUGUAACUACCUAUAUUUUUUUCUUUAUUUUUUUAGGCCUGGUUUCUUUGCCUGUGUGGCUUCCUUGCACACAUGUUGUUGUUUUUUUAAAGAGCAAAAUCUUUACUUUUUGUAAUUCAGUUUUGGUUUAUUAGCUUAUGGCCAUUGUGUUACGUGCUUUUUUAUUUCCAGGACAGAAAUUAGAUAUUUUUAGAGCACAGCAGCAGCAAAUUCUUAUUCUUUGAAAAAGUGUUUUAUAACAUUUGUAUUCAUGAUUAUGUGAUCGAUUCCUGUUUUCAAGAAUGACUUGAUUAUGUUUUGAAAUUCAGCUGUGGUCCUAUUUCCAUCUAUAGCUGACAAUCAUGUAACAAAGAAUUUUAAUACAGAUCUGACUGCACCAUUAUUAGGUUUCUUUCUCACUGUACUCACCGGGACCCAUCCACCCAUCCGUAUUUUUACUCUUUUACAUCUUGCCUCUUUGAUAUUUCUCCUCUAUAAUCCCUGUGACUGAUUUGAUCCAAGUGCCUCUUCAAUUGAUAAUCACAGAUGAUGUGGAGUAAUGGUAUAAUGACACAAAAUUGAACUUGUUCACAUAUUUUCAUUACAUACUUUUAAUGUUGUGAGAUCUCAUUUAAAUUGAGUAAGUAUUCUCAUCUCAUUGUUGUGAUUUAUUACUUUUUACUUUGAUAACUGUUGUACUGUUUGUUGUAUACACAGCAUUGUGAUAAUGUCUUCUCAGCUUUUGUGAACCUCAAUAUUUUUAUAUUACAAAUUUGUAUUCUCAGCAUUAUAAUUAUUGUCCAAUUCUGUUUUGUAUUUACAGAAUUUCUCUUCUCUUGUAAAGUUUUCUGUCUUCUUUUUGAUAAUUCAUUAAUAAGCACAGUAAUUCAGGUUUAGUCACAUGUGUACUUUGACACACUUAUGCAUACAUGCACGCAUGCAUGUACACAUGCGCACAAACACACAUAUACAUACACACACACACACACACACACACAUUCACACACACACACACACACACAUGCACACACUCACAAAGACACCUACGCACACACACAAGCAAUUGCAUUUACUCUCAAAUACAAACAUUAAUGAACCUGCAAACACACUCACUCACAUUUCUUAAAAGUUUGUUGCUACAAUAAUGUACUUUUUAGCGAUUUGCAUCUCUAAAUUAUCAAAAUAUAUUUUCCAAAAAGUAAGUACAAAUUGAAAUUGUAGUCAUUAAUUUGUUCUCACAACUGUUCAACAAUUUUGGUAGCUCAAUGGUUUGGUUACUGCACUCUUUUGCUUUGUUUUGAAAGACAAUUCAUUCAUUUUCAUGAUUCUACCCAGUUGUGACUGUGAACUAGAUUAGACAGUGGAGUCUGUUCAAAUGGAACAUGUUAAUCCGAAAACAGCGGUAAACCAAAAGACAAUACAAUCCCCUAUUUUUUCCUUCUGUUUGAGCAACCUCUCUUAACAAAAACGUGGGUAAACAGGAAAAUCGGGUGGUCUUGCAGAUUUUGGUUUAAGCUCUGGUUCAUCAGUUCUGUUUCAUGCUGUGAAGAAUAAAAAUAACUCCAGCUUUACAGGCUUCAUAAACCUAUUGAUGUUCAGGACGGACUUUGAUGCUCCCGCACUUUUAAAGGGAACAGUCUUUUAAUCAUGAAUAAAAAUAUUUUGAUACAUUUCCUUCAACAUAAAGCACUCAUGUCUAUUUAAACUCCACAAUGAUAUUCAACUGAGACUGUGAUUUCAUCGAUAUUAUAUAGAACAAAUGGUAUUUUUUUGUGCUUUAAACUCUAAAUUAUUUGUUAUCAAAUCAAAUGAAAGCAGGUUGUAUUCCUGCCUUGCGUUGUGGCUUGUAGUAUACCUCAUAUGCUUGUUUUCUUUUUGUAAAGAGAUUUGCUAAACAUGUACCCAGUAUGUGUAUAUUGUUGUAAUUAGUUAAAUAUUAAAGAUGUGCACAUUUUGCACAAACAUUUUUGCACACAAGUGUAAAUUAUUUACCAAGCACUCAAUAAAGCUAGCCCUUCUUUUUCAAGAAGAACUUUGAAAUUAUAAACUGUCUCAUGUAAGACAAAAGGCAAAACUUUUUAUAGACAAUGUGACUAUCUCUGAAAUGUUACUGUUGUAUUAUAAGAAAGUCGACAGCAAAUUAGACCAUGUUAAACAUUUGUCCGCUUGUCUUACACUGUAGAACAGGAUGCUUUACGCCACUGCACAAUGUUUGUAAGUUAAGAUUCUCUUGCAAAGAUAAAUAUUGCAAUCCCUGUCGGAGUUUUAUCAAUGUCACAGUCAUACUUGUGGAAAAGACAAUGCGGAACUGAUGAAAGAUAUUAGAAAGAUAGGUUCUUCUAUGGAAAUGGCAAUCCUUAUUAUUUAUAGAAAUAAGAUACCCACAAAAAAGGAUAUUUGGCUGCAUAAUUUGUGACAAAUUUAUUAUUUGCCAUGACUAUAUAAGACAUUAUAUCAGAGAACCUUCAUUUCUUUCUUGUCGAGCAACAUUUCAAUAAGAAUUCUACAAUCAAAAUAUGUGAGUUAUGCCCUCCACAUUGCCUUAUAAUAUACAUGUGUUGUAUUCUUUUCAUCUCUGUACGAAUAUCUAAGCAUUACAUUCCCGCACAACAGAACUUUUGAUCUUUUCUCUCACUAUUGUGAUUCUUUGCAUGUUUCAAAGCUUUUUAUUCAUUAUAUCAUUUGAAUUGUCUGGAAAUGUAUAAUUUUGGUGUAUACUGCCAGUAAUAGUGCAGUUAUCUUUGAAUCUGUUUCUGUCUUUCCUUCUUCGAAUACUGGGUGAUAAUUGAAAAUAUAUAAUAUGUUUAACAUAGUCUUUUCAAAAUAUUCUAAAAGUGAUAACAUGUUAUUGGGUUUGUUUUUUCUAUUAUCAGUGUCCAUUGUGCUCCUUGAUGAUUACUGUAUUGAACAUCACAUCUCCAUUUUGAUUGUUCACUUUUGUGACAUCUUACCGAAAAUGAACUUUUAUGCAGAGGAAUAUAUAUAUAUUCACUUGUAUUUGAUAUUGAAGUUUACAGAUUUCUCAUUUUCUUUUGAGAUUUGUGUGUUAAUUAUUUUAAUAUUUUGUAUUUGGAUGUAAAACGUUUUAUCCUCAUCCAGUGGGUGAACACUUAAUUGGAAACAACAAAAAUAGUUUGUGAUUUGUUGUGACACCCAGGGACCCUGGGGGGGGGGGGGGUUUUAUCGCCUGUGAAUUUUUUAGUGAAUCCAGAUAUCUAAAUAUUUUCAAAGAAUAUUUUUACAAUGAAUCGUUUUUUAUGCUCUUAUAAAUCAAACUGGUGUAGUGUAAAAUGUUUAUAUAUGUUGGAUCUAAAUUGCUGGAAAUAUUUUGUUUAAUUUUUUACUAGAUAAGUGAGAUAUUAGGCUAAAUAUUCCAUGUCUCAGAAAUGUUGGUACAUUCGGCAAUUCAUCUGCUACAGUUCAGGAUUUUUUACACAAUUUGUCAGGUUUAUCAAUUUUGUUUCCAUUCAUUUCGUCUAUCUUUGACAAUUUGUUACUCAUUGGACUUCAGCAUUGCUCUUCAUACAACAAAAUGUUAAAGUUAAUAGCCUACAAAGAAAACAGACUUUACUGUAUCUAGAACCUCAUUUGAGUUCAUGUCAGGGUGCUGAUUCACUUGACAGUCUAUCACAAUACUUCUGUUCUAAUAGAUGAGUCUACCUCAAUACUUCUGUUCUAAUUGACAACAGUCUACCUCUACUACUAUACUUCUGUUCUAAUUGAUGAUAGUCUACCACAAUAUUUCUGUUCUAAUUGACGACAGUCAACCACAAUACUUCUGUUCUAAUUGACGACAGUCUACCACAAUACCUCUGUUGUAAUUGACGACAGUCUACCACAGUACUUAUGUUCUAAUUGACUUCUACCACCAGACCAGUCUGACAGCUGUUACACUGGACAGUCUACUGCAAUCCGCAAUAUGAAAGAUUUUCCCUGUGCGUUUAUACAGGCUUGGGGCUGUAAAUGGCAGUUUUUUAAAUGUUUGGUUCUAAAAAUGGGAAGGAGGGGGGGGGAUGGGCGGGAGGCUGUUAUAAUGUGGGGGUGAUGGUAUAAAAUUACCUUAUGCUAUCCUUACGGCAGAACUGAUUAUUGCUGUAGACCGCGGCCCGGGGGGGGGGGGGGGGGGGGGGGGCGGCUUAAGUACUUAAGUAGACCAUAUUAUCAUGGUACACCAUCAAGUGGACCAGCACCCAUGUCAGUCUCUCUAUUUCAUUGUACGCACAUUUUGGAGUUUUGAUUCCAUGCUCUAUGCUCAUGAAAAUUCGUAUAAUUUACUAGGAAGGGAAACCGAGUCUAUUUCAUGAAAGUAUAUCAUCAUCAUUAUUGUUGAUAUUGUUUUGAGAGCUGAUCUCUAUUCUAAGUCACUCUGUAUGCUUUUCAUUAGCCUUUUAUGUGGUCUUAUUGCUAUCUCUGAAUCAGUUUGUUUUGCUUCUUUUACUGAGAAAUCUCGAUCAGUCAAACCCACUUACACCCCCCCCCCCCCCCUUUCCCUCCCCCUUACAUCCCUAAAUUUGUUUACCGUCAGGUUUUACCGAAGCACAAAAAGACACGCCAAUAUAGACAUACUAUUUGCUCCUUUAAAUGAUCAUCCGCUGACUGCUUGAGUUGUACGGUCUUGACUCAACUAAUGUAAAUUUACCCAACAAAACCACCAGCGAACUGGCGGCCAGAGGUACACACAGUGCACAGCACCCACUUGGUUGCUGCACAGUAUUAAUCUCCUCCCUUUCUUCCACUUACAACUCUGCAAGUUAGAGUUUGUUGCCAGUUUGCUCCCUCUCCACCAAUUCCACCUCCCUGCCUAACCCAUCUUCCUAAUCUUGUCCUGCGCAUUUCAGGCAGCAUGCAUAAGUAGCUUCUGAUCUAGCAGUUAUUUUCCCUUUUAAUUUAACAGAGAUCAGCAUUAAAAUCCCUUUAUAUCACUAGCCCCACUCUUCUGCCAACUACGUGCUGGCUGCAAAGUUGAUGGUAUGAUGGGGUUUGACUGUAAAUAUAAAGGAAAUUUUGUGCCUUCAGGAAUUUAGAUCACCCCUUCUUUAGUAAAAUUUUGACAUUCAGUAAGUUUAAGUUUUAGAAUGUAAGAGUACAUUCUAGCAAUUCAAGAAUCUCAUGGCAAGAAAGAGCACAGAAACUUAAAUUGUACGUUGGUAUUUUUGUCUGUUGUGCUGUAUAGAUUAUAUCUUUUAUACUAAUAAAAAGAAAUUGAUCCCCUCAAUGAACUUGUAUUGGAAAUUAUAGAUGUGAAUUUUGCCACCAUAUACUACAACAUAUAAAAAUGCUUUUCAUACAGAGUUUCCAGCACACUAAUUCUUUCUUAUGUGAUAACAGUCCAUUAAUAGAGAUCAAGUAGCAACUUAUCUUUUUUCAAAGUUUGUGUGUUUCAUUUAUUCUGAUAUACAGUUUGGCAGGACCUAUCUUUUCCUUGUACACUGUACUUUUCCAAUGAUUUAUUUCAAUUUCUUUUUAAUUUUUAUGUUUCCAGAAAGUCUAUAAUCUAUUAUUAUUUUCACUGAUGCAAGUUCAAUUUUUUAUCAAAUCUAUAAAGUAUUUUGUUUAUAAAAGAAAAUGUCUUGUCAACCAGAGAAAAAAAGUACAACAACAUGUAUUUUCUUAAAAAUUUGUUCUGUAGCAGUUUUUUAUCUGAAUAAACUUUUUAUUCUUUCUCAGA